AUGUCUUCAGGUAGAGAUUCCUCUGCCAAGAUCGUCAGAGCUGUCCCCAAGGCCUAUAUGCAGAAAUAUGCCACUGGUGGUGUCCACAAGUUUCACAUCAUAACCUGCAGACAGACCACAACUGAUGUUCUUUGUGAGGUUGGUUUGGUUGGCCUUCGUAUACUUCAUCAAAGUACUAGUCUAACAUUGAGGAUAUGUCCUCUUGAGAACAUCACAAGAUGCGACGAGUAAGAGUCACAUCUUUUUUCCUUCUAUCCACAAACUAGAUUCCUCUAUUAUGCUUUUUUGGUCUAAAAAGUUAAACAUAUCAGACUGCAAUCAAAUAGUUACACCACCAACACACUUCUGAACAACUGCAAUGUUUCAGCCAAAGAUGUUGUAGGAAGUAGCAGGCCUCCCGUCGGCUUGGCAAAGCUAGUCGAAUAUUCUACUCAGAAGAAGAAAGAAUUGGGUGCUUGGAUGAACAUUAUAAAACUUCUAAAUGAGGAGAAAGAUCAUUGGGUAUGAUUUUUUGGUUUCUUUGGAUAUAACUGCAGGAAUUCUGGUGAUGUGUUCUAUGACAAGUGUACUCAAAGUAGGAUUGCUUUAACUGCAAAGGAAAAUGCUCCCCAAGUCCAUGUCUGCGACCGGUGCAUGGUAGAAGUGUCUCAAAGGUUGAGUAAUGCCAAGGAAUCUGCUACCAGGAACGUAAGUGUGCAGAGCUAUGGAGACCUCGCUAGAAAGUUACAAGAGGAAAUAGAGAAGAAUCGCAUGUCUUCAUCUGGUUCGAGGAAAGGCUCUGGGAGGCUCUGAAGGUAGAUGAAAGAGGUAGCUUGUCCAACAUGUACAGUAACAGUGCACUUACAGGUCCAGGUUCCAAUCUCAGGAUCAGAGACCAUCGAGUGCGGGUGUAACGAC